UCGGGAGCGGCGGAGCCCAUCUUGGUGCCGCUCGGCGGCCGGGCGCGGGGAGGAGGGCCCUAGCCCAGCGUGCGGCCAAUCGGGGCGGGCGCUGGCGGCGAGCAGGGCAGAAUGGGCUGUAGUUUAGUGAAAUAGGAAAGCUGCGAACAGUGUGGAGUGCUCCCGGUGUAAAUAAAAGCGGGGGGGGGAAGAAAAAGUUUCCUCAAGUCGCGGCUCUGCAGCCUCGCGCGGACGGGGGCGCCGGGCUCGGUGCGCGGCGGAGCCCCGACACGCUGGACUUUGUGGCGCGGCGCUGACACGCUCUGCCUAUUGUUUGUGUGUUCUUUUUUUCAAAAUAUGGCAAAGGUUCAGGUGAACAAUGUAGUGGUGUUGGACAACCCUUCUCCUUUCUACAACCCUUUCCAAUUCGAAAUCACAUUUGAGUGCAUAGAGGACCUGUCGGAAGAUUUGGAAUGGAAAAUAAUUUAUGUGGGUUCAGCUGAAAGUGAAGAGUAUGACCAAGUGUUAGACUCUGUUUUAGUAGGACCUGUUCCUGCGGGCAGACACAUGUUUGUAUUUCAGGCUGAUGCACCUAACCCAGGGCUUAUUCCAGAUGCAGAUGCAGUAGGUGUAACAGUUGUGCUAAUUACGUGCACUUAUCGAGGUCAAGAAUUUAUUAGAGUCGGCUACUAUGUAAACAAUGAAUAUACUGAAACAGAACUGAGAGAGAAUCCACCAGUAAAGCCAGACUUUUCUAAGCUUCAAAGGAAUAUUUUGGCAUCAAAUCCCCGAGUCACAAGAUUCCACAUUAAUUGGGAGGACAACACUGAAAAACUGGAAGAUGCAGAGAGCAGUAACCCAAAUCUACAGUCCCUGCUUUCUACAGAUGCGUUACCUUCAGCAUCAAAGGGGUGGUCAACAUCAGAAAAUUCAUUAAAUGUUAUGUUAGAAUCUCAUAUGGACUGCAUGUGACUAACCACCAUCGUUUUGGUACUGUACAUGUGUUAAACUGUAAAAACAACCAGAACUAUUUCCCUCAAAUUCCAUAAGUACAUAGUUGACGAGCAAUGUGAAGAACUUGUUUUAAAACAUCCUGUAGAAAGUUUAUAAAAAAAAAAAAAAACAGUAUUUGAGCAAAUUGUGGAAUAUAAAUACAACUAUUUUUAAG